GCACAGUGAAUCAACUGUCAUGAAAAAAUAUAUAUUUAACAUAGUAAUUCAUUACUUGCUCGCAUCAAAAUGUUGAUUUUUUUUUAAUCGUUACAUUUGCUUUGAUUCGCGAUGAAUAUAAUGAUUCAUUUCAAUUCUAAGAAAAUGAAUUUGAUUAAGUAUUAAUCUUAAUUUCUUUUAUCAAUAAAACAAUACACUUGUAUGAUAUUUAUCAUAUCGCAAAUCAUGCCUACAUUUGAGCAAUGCACAGUAUAAAAUUUCUUAUCGCGUAUUGGGCUUGCGUCAGUAGAAAAGUUACACCCGAAUCGAAUUUUUUGUUACGGAACAAAAUUUAUGAGACAAUCAGUGAAAUGUCGCAUAAAUAUAUCGUCUUGAUGAUUGUGAUGAUCACAUCGGUAGCUUUAAUUCAAGGAGCAUCAAUUGCGUCAUUGCUCAAAUGUGCACACGGUUUUACCUAUAAUGAUGGAUGUAAUUCAUGUUCCUGUGAUCUAACCAUUCCUAAUUGGUCUUGCACAGAAAGAUGGUGUGGUGACAUUACCCUUAAGCCACCACCGUGUCUGUGUAAAUAAAAAUACUUUCGCUUCAAUACAGUGCGAUGUAAUUGUUCGCACUGACGAAUUUGCUAAAAUUUUGCGUUUCAAUCUCUCCAUCGAUAAGCUUCAUUGUAAUACAAGUUGUCAAAUAAUUAAAAAGAAAUACAUGGGUAAAUUUCUUUUCA